UUAUUUUUCCGCCUCGUUUUUGCUAACAUUUAAUAAGAAUCAUGUACGCUAGCAUUCGAUGUAGCACUGUUUUAAGCAAAAUAACUGUGGCUUGUAUUAAAUAACUGCGACAACUGAUUAAAAAUCAUCUUCAAUCAAUAUUUCAAACGAUUCAAGAUAAGGGUUUUCGUCCAUCGGCAGCUUCGGUGCUUACAAGGUUACAGGAUGCAGUUGUGCGUGCGAGGAUUGGGCACCCAUGUGCUUGAAGUCAAUUCAGAGAACAACAUUAGCGAUGUUAAGUGUAUGUUGGCUAAAGCCAACUCUAUCGACGCAGCGAUUCCAAUCAACCUCUGGUGUGAGGGUCAGUUGCUAGACGAUGAUAUUUCGGUACUGGAACUGAGUGCGAACGAACUGGAUGUGACUGUCGGUCUUCUCGGUGGUAAAGUGCACGGUUCGUUGGCUCGUGCUGGAAAAGUUAAAGGCCAAACACCUAAAGUGGAGAAGAAGGAAAAGAAAAAGAAGAAGACGGGACGUGCCAAGCGACGCAUCCAGUACAACCGACGUUUCUCUUCAGUGGUGCAAACCUACGGCAGACGACGUGGACCAAACGCCAAUUCGGCAUAAAAACCUUUCUAAUCCUCCCUUCGAUUUUUUGUUUUUUUUUGUUGAAGAUUUAUCAAAUCUGGCACACUUAUCUUUAUUUUGUCCAUCUUUCUUUAUCCUUCUAUAAAGUUUUAUAUUUUACAUUCGUUUGCAUCAACACAGAACAAGUCAAACAAGGGAUCUAUUGCCUUGACGAUUUUGCAAAAUAAAUCAACAAUAAAACAAAAACCGAUGAAA